GGGAGAAGAAGCGUGCUGGAGAGAUAGAGGUUAAAAAUGUCGAAAACGCUGGUUCAACCGAUAGGGCAAAAGCGGCUGACGAAUGUGGCGGUGGUGCGUUUGAAGAAACACGGCAUGCGAUUCGAAAUCGCUUGCUACAAGAACAAGGUGCUCUCCUGGCGUUCUCGGGUGGAGAAAGAUUUGGACGAAGUGUUACAGUCCCAUACGGUUUACACGAAUGUUUCGAAAGGGGUGCUUGCUAAAACCAAAGAUUUGGUUGCUGCCUUUGGAACUGAUGAUCAGACUAAAAUUUGUUUGGAGAUUUUGGAGAAAGGGGAGCUGCAAGUUGCUGGGAAGGAAAGGGAAUCGCAAUUUUCGAGUCAGUUUCGGGAUAUCGCGACGAUAGUUAUGCAAAAGACUAUCAAUCCCGAAACUCAGCGCCCUUACACCAUUAGUAUGAUUGAGAGGCUAAUGCAUGAAAUUCAUUUCGCUGUUGAACCGAAUAGUAGCUCCAAGAAACAGGCUCUAGAGGUUAUUCGUCAGCUUCAGAAGCACUUCCCUAUAAAACGGUCGCCCAUGAGAUUACGACUCAUUGUUCCUGGACAAAAUUUUCAGUCUCUUUGCGAGAAGCUAAAUGAAUGGGGUGUUACCAUUGUUUCAAAAGAUGAAUCCGGAACUCAGCUUUCUGUUAUUUGUGAAAUUGAACCAGGACUUUUCCGAGAAUGCGAUGGCCUCGUGAGGAAUUCACAGGGUAGAUUGGAAAUACUUGCAGUGUCUGUGCAUGCCGAGGGGGAUACACAGGUGGAUAAUUAUGAUGAUGACGAUAUGUCAUCAAAUCUAGCCAAGGAUUCGGCCGAGUCAGCAUCGUCACGUUUACCCCCGGAAUCUUAUGAUUCAGUCCUCCAACUAAGCGAGAAAAUGCAGAAACAAGAUUCUGUCUCUUCGGGAAAUGAGAAUGCCGAAGCGGAGGCAAAGCAACACAAGUGCAGCACAUGCAAUGCAUUUGUGGGGGAUUCAAAGCAGUACAGGGAUCACUUUAAGAGCGAGUGGCACAAGCAUAAUUUAAAACGCAAAACCAGGCAACUUCCUCCUCUUACUUCAGAAGAGUGCUUAGCUGAUAUGGAUUUGAACGACUCGAAAUCCGAUUUGAAGGACUAUUCAUUUUGAGCUUGUGGCUAAAACUUAUGGGGGUGCUGGUAGCAUUUCUUCUCUUUUACAAUCUUUAGUUUGUUUCUGCAGCUGAACAUGAACUUAGUUGUAAAUUUGGAUUGUUAUUACUCGGUACUACUCGUAUUAGGGGUGUGUAUUAAAGGGAUGAUUUGCUAAAUUAUUAGUAGCUUUUAUAUGAUUAUUUCUUCUUCUUUUUAA